AUGGGUGAAAGUGAGGAUGAUGAUGGUGAUAAUGAUGCUGGUGAUGAUGAUGGUGUGUGCAUGUUUGCACCCGCACCUGAAGGAGCUUUGGCGGAGAGAAGAGACCAAGAGCUCUGGGCCCAGGGACAGAGCCCCAGCUGUUUCUCCAGUGCCCACCACGCGAGGAGAGCAGCAGACUGCCAGUGGAGAGCAGGGGCGAGGCAAGGAGGGCACGACGAACAGGAAGCCCUUAACCAGAGACACAUCGGGAAAGGACAGUUAGAGCGAGCAGAACUCCCAUCUCAAGACCAGUCUCCCAAACGGUUUCCAGAGAUGGAUUAUCUUGCUUUCUUCUUGGCUAUUGUUCACAUAUACAGAGCUCUAUGUGAAGAGAUGUUCUGGGACACGACUGUUAAACUGGCUGAGAAUAUGAGUCUAGAAUGCGUGUACUCAUCACUGGACACCUUAACCCAGAUGGAGUGGUUCAAGAUCAAUACCACGGACAGAGAGUCCAUAGCCAUAUUCAGCCCUGCCUAUGGUGUGAUUAUAAGGACACCCUAUGCUGAUAGGGUUUACUUCUUAAAUUCUACCAUGGCUCCUAAUGAUAUGACCCUGACCUUCCAUAAUGUCUCUGAGGCUGAUGUUGGCUACUACUCCUGUUUACUUCAUACUUUCCCAUAUGGCCAUUGGGAAAAGGUGAUCCGGGUGGUUGCAUCAGUAUUUGCCAGAAGGUCUCCAGAGCAACCCAAGAUGCUAGUGUCCACCUUAUACAAACCUGAAAUAUCUGUAGCAGUUGUGUCUUUAGACAUGAUUUCUGCAGAUGUCCGGAGUGGAGAACAACAAGGUGAAAACUGGACCUUUGCGGCCAAGUUGGAGAAGGCUUCAGAAGAUCGCCUUCCCGGAGGUCUUCAGGGUGAAUACAAGUUUCAGGGAUCCCAGCAGGCAGAACAGUCCACACAAAGACACGGAGGAGGGGAUGUGAGUGGCGAACACAUGGGGCCUUGA